AUGAGAUAUUUGCGAUUUAAGAGUGCAGUAUCAAAUGUUCUUAGUGACAGCUGUGAUGAUGAAGAUAGCAGUUCCCUUAGUAGUGGAAUCAGUGAUACAAUAGCUGAGAUGAGUACGGAUGAGAAUAUAACAGGAUCAUCAGUUAGCUGUUCUUCAUCCACACCUAACACUCCGUCAACCGGAAGACGGGCUAAAUCUGAACAAGCUAUGUCUGAUAAAUCUGGAUCAGGCAGGAAUUCCAGGAAUUCUGCGGAUGGAGGUGAAGAUUUCACUGAUGGGUUUGAAGAUGUUCCAGACGGUGAAGUUUCCGGAUACGGGAUGAAAAGAAGCAGCUCCAGUUCCGGAAAUGUUUGGAGGAAGUAUUCUCCGACUGAAGAAAAUGCUGAUAAAAGCAUUGACGGUAAGGUGAAGGAUAAGAAUGCUAAUUUGCCGAAUGAUAAAUGGCGACGAGGCAAUUCAGAUUUGUCUGACUCAGGGAGAAGUACAAAGUCCGAUAAGGAUAGUCGUCGAACUACAGGAAAAGAUAAAAAGGAAUCAAGCUCUCAGAAAACCAUGAAAGGAAAGACCGUUGCAAAGAAUGAUGAUAAAAAAUCGGGUACGAAACCUCAGCAAAGCGGUAAAAAUGCGCAAGAAUUAAAGAAGUCGUCAAAUUCUCGAAAUCAGUAUUCUUCAAAUUUUGGUUAUCGACGACCAGGAGGGCCAACUGCUGGUGGAACUCCGAAUGGAAACAAAACUUCAUCAAAAGUGCCUAAUUUCGGUUUUGGUUUGAAAGGAAUUCCUGGUGCCAAAUCUAACAAACCGAAUACUAAUGCUGAUAACUCACAGACAGACGACAACAUUAGUAAUACAAGUAAAACAGUGAACUCUAGUACUCUUCCACGCUCCAGUGGCUCUAAGACGGUAGCCAGUGCUCGAGCACAACAACAAGAGCAACAGCAACAGCAGUUAUAUCAGCAACACAUGUUAAACCAGCAGCAGAUACAGCAGCAGCAGUUAUUAGCUCAGCAUCACCAGGAACAACAGCUACUAUCUCAGGGUCUUCAUCAAACCACAUGUGCCUCUACUCAGCAAAUGCAAACAAACGAACAAAAUGGAUAUAUUAGUAAUAAUAAUAAUGAACAUCCGAGCAGUACAUCGACAGUUCACUCUAACUCUACAGUAAGAAAUAGUUAUCCCAGUCAUUCUGACGUGGAGAUUUCUUCCCCGCCGAUGCGUAUAAAAGAUCUUGGUGUAGCGGCAAAACAUGGACUAUCAUCGCCGUCGUUGAAGCGGUUAUUCGGACGUGGGAAAGGUGAUUCGAACCGCAGCACGUCUCCCAGUGCAUUCAGUGAUACCAUCAUUUCCAAUCCUCAUGCAACCUUGAUUGGGAAUAUGACUUCUUUAAAUCAGCGUAGCAGCAGGAAUGUUACGUCAAGCGAAACACAAACGCCUUCGAACAUUGGACAGAAUCACCUUCAUGUACCGGGACAGCAUGGUCAUUCGUCAUCUAAUGCUGAACUCAACUUUCCGUCAAUUAUGUAUAACAAUAACAUAAACUACCAGACAUAUCCAAAAGAUCCGUACCGCAAUCACACUUCCAGCAUGGCAUCCAUAUAUUCCUGUCCCGGAGCAUGGAUGAAUCUUGGUCCGUACGGUAGCGGCCUCGGCAACAGUAUCUCGGAAAGUGGGAGUAUUGACUCCAUGGAUUCGGGAUCUAGUCAGUUAUCGUUAAAUAGUAGAGCAACAAGUGAACGUUAUGGAAUAUCCACGCCAAAAAGUCCUGGAUCACCGCUCAUACGAAGCAAUAGUAUUCGUUCAACAACAUCAGAAAAAUUGUAUCCCACAUCUUUGUCGCUCAAAGAAUUUGAUGAUGAUUGGUUUAGAUCAAUCAGUUAUGGUAAUUUGACUCCAUCCAAUGGUAUGCCGUUAUCACCGACACAUUCAGUUUGUUCACAGCCGGCAACCCGAUUCAAUUAUCCAGUCAGUCCAACAGGGAAUUCCGGUAUGGUCAGGUCUAACAGCAUGAGUGGACCUGCCUAUGGUACUGGGAUUGUGCCGGGCAUGAGAAAUAGUUCUAUGUCACUUGAUGAGAGAGCACGAGCCUGUCUCCGUGGUUACAAAGACGAACUGGAGGAAGUACAUAGUUCUUCACUGUCACUGGUGUCUACUACCUCCUCUCUGUAUUCAUCAGCGGAGGAGAAGGCUGCACAUGAAAUCCGAAGAUUGCGAAAAGAUCUUGAUGAGUCUAAAGAUAAAGUAUCGACAUUGUCUACGCAACUCGCUACAAAUGCUCAUGUGGUGGCAGCAUUCGAGCAGAGUUUAUCUAGCAUGACCAAUAGGUUACAGUCUUUGACAAGCACAGCAGACCAAAAGGAUUCCGAACUACGAGAUCUGAGAGAGACCAUAGAAGCGUUGAAAAAGCAGAGUGCUGAGAGCAGGCAGUUGAUUGGACUUCCAGGAGAUGCAACACUCGGCAGGAGGUCAAUAAAAGAUAGAGCAAUAUCUGAGCCUCGAAUGAGUCGGCAGUUAUCAACAGACAGCAUGUCAAGUACCACUAGUUUUACAAGUUUAUCCAGCGUUGGAAGCGUCAAUGACAAUGACUUGAGUGACUCAAAGUCAAUGAAGAAAAAGAAGAAAAGUUGGUUACGUACAUCAUUCCGAUCAGCCUUCUCACGCAAGAGUAAAAACAAGAGCGGUGCUCAGACGGAUGUUGAAGAUCUAGAUUCCAAUCCAUCGUCACCCAGUUACGGUGGUCCUCAUAACGUCUGCAUGAAUCCAUUAUUGAAGUCAUCAGCAUCAACAUCAGCAAUAUAUACUGAUGGUCCUGGGGAACAGGAAACUGUUCAUGAACUGAGAAAACAGUUACGAGACAAGGAAAUGAAACUGACAGAUAUAAGACUAGACGCCUUAUCCUCUGCUCAUCAAUUGGACCAAUUAAAAGAAGCGAUGAAUAAAAUGAAGAAUGACAUGGUAACAUUGAAGCAAGAAAAUGAACGGCUACAGCGACAGAUUGUGCAAAGAUCACUGGGUGCAAGCUCAUCACAGCUAUCGGAUAUAUCACUCUCUUCAUCUAAGAGAUUCAGUCGAGAAUCAAUGGAUGCACAUAGGAUCAGCAUGUCUUCAGAGCAUGGUAGUUUGGAUAUAUUACUUGAUGAUAGUUCAGGUACGACUACUAACGGCCGGCGUGUGAUAGUGGGCGUGUCAGUCGGUCAUCUCGAUCCAAGUAAAGCUAUGGGUAACAAAGUACAGAAGUGUCUAAUAGGCACAUUGAGUAUUAGCAGUAAAACUAAAUGGGAUGCACUGGAUAAUGUUGUCAAGAGAAUAUUUAAGGAAUAUGUAUUACGGAUAGACCCAGUGACAAACCUGGGCUUAAAUGCAGAGAGUGUGUUCAGUUACGAAGUUGGAGAAAUUCACAGAACGAAAGAUGCCGAGCCUCCAGAAUUACUGCCAUGUGGAUACUUAGUAGGUGAUAGCAAUUCUAUCACAAUACAUCUCAAAAAUGUUCUACAAGGUAGCUGUGAUGCUUUAGUGUUUGAAACGUUAAUUCCAAAAAGUGUCAUGCAAAGAUACAUUUCAUUGUUGCUGGAACAUCGAAGAAUCAUUUUAUGCGGUCCAAGUGGUACAGGUAAAACAUAUCUCGCGCAGAAGCUUGCCGAACACAUCGUUCUAAGGUCUGGUAAGGAAGCAAGUGAGGGAUCUAUUGCUACAUUCAAUGUAGAUCACAAAUCUUGUAAAGAACUCAAACAAUAUCUCUCAAAUAUUGCUGAUCAGUGUGAAAGCAAUGCCAGUGAUUUGCCAAGUGUAAUUAUUUUAGACAAUUUACAUCACGUUGGAUCAUUGGGAGAGGUAUUCAAUGGGUUCCUGAGUUGCAGAUAUACAGUCUCACCAUACAUCAUUGGAACAAUGAACCAAGCCACUUGUUCAACUACAAAUUUACAACUACAUCACAACUUCAGGUGGGUGUUAUGUGCAAAUCACAUGGAACCAGUCAAAGGCUUCCUAGGAAGGUAUCUAAGGCGAAAACUCAUAGAAACAGAAGUCCAGACAUCACAGCGUAAUAAUGACCUUAACAAAAUCAUUGACUGGAUGCCAAAAGUCUGGUCACAUUUGAACAAAUUCUUAGAAACGCAUAACUCUUCUGAUGUCACCAUUGGUCCAAGACUUUUCCUCUCCUGUCCGAUUGAUCUAGCCGGAUCACAAGUAUGGUUCACAGAUCUCUGGAAUUAUUCCAUUGUUCCAUACCUGUUGGAAGCUGUCAGGGAAGGUUUGCAGAUGUAUGGGCGUAAGUCACAGUGGGAAGACCCAGCUGAAUGGGUAACAGACAGUUAUCCAUGGUCACAACCGAGUACCUCAGACUGGCCAUCGUUAUUACGCCUACGACCUGAAGAUGUUGGAUUUGAGGGGUACCGAUCGGAGACUGGUGGAAAAUCAACGCAAAGUGCACAAAGUGAUGCAGAAGGUGACCCACUGCUAAAUAUGCUAAUUAGGCUGCAAGAAGCUGCUAACUACGCUACACCACCAAAUUGCCAUAGCGACAGUGAUUCAUCUAGUCUUAAUAGCAUGACGCUUGAUAAUUCUAUUGAAUCAACUUUAUAG